GGAGCAAACGGAGCCUUUGGCUGCAGCCCAGCCCUGGCACAGCCCGUCCUUGCCUUUUUUUUUUUUUUUUUCCCCUUCCUCCUGCUUUUGCUUCUUCCCUUCCCUCUCUUUCUCCCGGGAAAGGCAGCCGGCAAGGAGAGCGGCGGAGGAGAGCGAGGCGUUCGCGGCGGCCAGCGCCCCGGGACCGCGGCCCCCGCGCGAGGACUCAGCCGCUGUGCCGUGGACCCCACCAUGCCGUGCCCUUUGCUGAAGACAACCCUUGGGCUCCUCUUCCUCACCGGUCUGCUGGAGGUAACAUCUGGGGGCAGCAGGCUACAUAUCGAACCCAGAGAUGCUGAAAUUGUCCUUAGCCUCCACAGCACCUUCUCCCUCGUGUGCUAUGGGGAUGGCGUGCUGGUCUGGGAACGUGAGGGUCAGACUCUUGCCACCUCACUGGAGAUCAAGGAUGGUGUCUUCGUCAGUAAUCUUACCCUCAGGAACGUGACAGGCCGUCAAACCGGGGAGUACCUGUGCACCUACAGCCCUGACCAGGCUCCAGAGCCAACAGAGAGGAAGUCUGUUUACAUCUACGUUCCAGAUCCCUCCCUAGUCUUCCUCCCCAUGGCUGCUGAAGAGCUUUUCAUCUUCAUCACGGGCUACACAGAGGCCAUCAUCCCGUGCCGUGUGACCAACCCACAGAUGCAGGUGACCCUCUAUGAGAAGAAGGUGGAGAACCCCAUCCUAGCUGCAUAUGACCCACAGCAGGGCUUCAAAGGUUUCUUUGAGGACAAGACCUACUUCUGCCGGACAAUCGUGGAUGACCAGGAGGUGGACUCAGACACGUUCUAUGUCUACAGGAUCCAGGUUUCCUCCGUGAAUGUCUCCAUCAGUGCAGUGCAGACCGUGGUGAGGCAGGGAGAGAACAUUACCCUGAUGUGCACCGUGAGUGGCAAUGAGCUGGUCAACUUCAACUGGGCUUAUCCUCGCAAGAAGGCUGGGAAGGUUGUGGAACCAGUGACUGACUUCCUGCCUGGAUCCACCCAUGAAAUCCGCUCCAUCCUCAUCAUCCAGAAUGCAGAGCUGGAAGAUAGUGGGACGUACAACUGCAAUGUCUCAGAGGGCUACCAUGAGAAAACAGACCGGAAAGAUAUCACAGUCCAUGUGAUCGAGCGUGGCUUUGUGCACUUCCACACUCAUCUGGCCAGCACGGAGUAUGCCGAGAUCCAUAAGAGCCGCACCAUCCAGGUGGAGGUAGAGGCCUACCCACCACCAACCAUCAUGUGGCUGAAGAACAACAAGACGUUGACUAUGGAGAGCAACAGCGAGUUUACCAUCUCCAGCAGGAACCUCUCAGAAACCAGGUACCAAACAGCUCUAGUCCUGGUGCGGGUGAAGCAGGAAGAAGGAGGAUUUUACACCAUCAGGGCUUCCAAUGAGGACGAUGUGCAGGAGCUGUCUUUCCAUCUGCAGAUAAAUGUGCCAGCCAAAGUAGUAGAUCUCAAGGAGAACAGCAGUGCCAGCAGUGGGGAGCAGACUGUAACAUGCUCUGCCGAAGGGAUGCCGCAGCCAGACAUCAGCUGGUUCACCUGCAGUGACAUCAAAUGGUGCAGCACCAAGGGGCAGCCCACCCGGCUGUUGGGGAAUGACUCUACAGAGAUUGGCCUGCAGACCAACGCCACAUACCACGCAGAACUGCAGGUGUAUCGCGUGAACAGCACCCUGCAGCUCCAUAGGGUGGAUGAGCCCCUGCUGCUGAGAUGCACCGUACAGAACUUCUUGGGCACGAACUCCCAGGACAUCACCCUGGUCCCACACACCUUACCAUUUAAAGUGGUCAUCAUCUCCGUCAUCCUGGCCUUGCUUGUCCUUACCGUUAUCUCCUUGGUCAUCCUCAUCGUCCUGUGGCAGAAGAAACCACGUUACGAAAUCCGCUGGAAGGUGAUCGAGUCAGUCAGCUCCGAUGGGCACGAGUACAUCUAUGUGGAUCCCAUGCAGCUCCCUUAUGACUCCAGCUGGGAGGUGCCCAGGGACAAGCUGGUGUUAGGACGCACUCUUGGCUCUGGUGCCUUUGGACGCGUAGUGGAGGCGACAGCCCAUGGCUUGAGCCAUUCACAGUCCACCAUGAAAGUGGCAGUCAAAAUGCUCAAGUCCACCGCGAGAAGCAGUGAGAAGCAGGCUCUCAUGUCUGAGCUGAAGAUCAUGAGCCACUUGGGACCUCACCUGAACAUUGUCAACUUGCUGGGGGCCUGCACCAAAGGAGGGCCCAUCUAUAUUAUCACCGAGUACUGCCGCUAUGGGGACCUGGUGGACUACCUGCACCACAACAAGCACACCUUCCUGCAGUCCUACAGCGAAAAAGCCCAGCAAGAGGCAGAGUUGUAUGGGAACACCAUCAAGGAGGAUCACGUGCAGAGUCACCGCUCCUUAUCUGUUGAGAGUGAUGGAGGCUACAUGGAUAUGAGCAAGGAUGACUCCCUAGAUUAUGUGCCCAUGUCUGAUAUGAAGGGUGAAGUCAAGUAUGCUGACAUUGAGUCCUCCAACUAUGGCACCCCGUAUGAGCUGGACAGCUAUUCCCCAUCAGCUCCUGAAAGAACAGACCGGGUGACACUGAUAAAUGAAUCUCCACUUCUCAGCUACAUGGAUUUGAUCGGGUUUAGCUUCCAGGUGGCCAAUGGGAUGGAGUUCCUGGCUUCCAAAAACUGUGUGCAUCGUGACCUGGCCGCAAGGAAUGUCCUCAUCUGCGAGGGAAAGCUGGUGAAGAUCUGCGACUUUGGCCUGGCGAGGGACAUCAUGAGGGAUUCAAACUACAUCUCCAAAGGCAGCACCUUCUUGCCCCUUAAGUGGAUGGCCCCAGAGAGCAUCUUCAACAACCUCUACACCACCCUGAGUGAUGUGUGGUCCUUUGGGAUUCUCCUCUGGGAGAUAUUCACUCUGGGAGGGACUCCAUACCCCGAACUGCCUAUGAAUGAACAGUUCUACAAUGCGAUCAAACGUGGCUAUCGGAUGUCCAAACCCACCCAUGCCUCUGAUGAAAUCUACGAUAUCAUGCAGAAGUGCUGGGAGGAGAAGUUUGAGAUAAGACCGUCCUUCUCACAGCUGGUGGUGCUUAUGGGGAACCUUUUGGUGGAUUGCUACAGAAAGAGGUACCAGCAGGUGGAUGAAGAGUUCAUGAAGAGUGACCACCCCGCUGUUGUCCGUACAAGACCCACGAUCCCUGGGCUGAACAACGCCAGGCCUGCUCCCAGCUCCCCCACCAGCAGCAUCCUCUACACGGCCGUGCACCAGAAUGGGGGAGAGAAUGACUAUAUCAUCCCCCUUCCCGACCCCAAGCCCGAGGGAAUCUGCGACCUCCCUCAGGAAGUCUCCGUCAGCCGGGCCAGCUCUAUGCUGAACGAGGUGAACACGUCAUCUACAAUAUCCUGCGACAGUCCCUUGGACCCUCAGCAGGACGAGGAGCAGGAAUCAGACCCACAGCCGGGCUGCCAGGAGCCAAACAGGGGGCACCACGAGGUGGAGGAAAGUUUCCUGUAGCCAGAGCUGGGCUAACUCCGCGUCUCCCCACAGCAAGGCCAGCUGAGGGGCUGAACCAGACGUCACAGAGAGCCAAGCUUUCCACUUGUCUGUAGGGACAUCCCUGCCUUUCCCAGCAUUCCUCCCUCCCUCCCGUAUCCCAAGGUCAGGUGGGAAAAUAGAGACUUUUCCCCUAUUGCCUUCCCCUUCCCCUGUUACAAAGAGGUGGCUCAGUGCCAGCAACCCUCCGUAUCACUGCCACAUCCUCCUCAGUGAUCAAGCCACUGCUGGAGGGAGACAUCUCACAGACCAACUUCUUCUCCUCAAGUGGAAGAUGCAGCCCAGGUCUCUACAUGAGAGGUCACUUUCUACCUUGCUAAUGUGAUCCUCCAACCUCUUCCCUCUCCAUGCGCUUUAUAUGGCAAUAAGUUUCAACUCCUCUGCACCAGCACUUCUCUGAUGGUCUUAGCACCAGCCAUACUGUGGAACAGGUUCUGUGAAAUGCCUCCAGGACAGACAAUUUCCUCGGAGUCUAUCACCGGGGUGUAGAGAAGCCGUAACACCCAACUCCAGCUGCUGGAGAUCAUGAAAUCAAGAGAUCAAGCACAGCCAAGGCCUGGAGAGACCAGACGGUGUCUCAGAGAUAUCAGAUCUCGUUUCUCAAAGCUCCUUUACAGAGGAUAGUGCAUCAGAGGCACUACAGGUACCAUGGCUCUGGGCCGCAGCUCUGUACCCACCUGGAGGGGCUGUCACACCUUGCACCCCUUUCUGCCCAGCACGGCACCUAGGGGUCCCAAGGGCAUGCCAGGAACAGGAAAUGCUCUGAUAAUGACUUUGUUGUAGUAGCAAACAGGGCAAUCCAGUAUUGCUGUUGUUUGUGUGGACACCAAGCUAAGUAGCCUCUAUUGAAGAUUUAAAGGGAACAAAUAUAUUAAUCCACUAGUCAGGGCCAGUAUAAGGAAGCAAUAUGGCUAUUCAUUAAUCUACUGCCACUGAGCCCAGCUCAUCUGCUGGGAAAUCAUAUAACCCCAUCAGCUGCAAAAUCUUUGUGCCUUAUCUUUGGGAAGCAAAGACUCCCUUGUGGUAGACUGUUCACCAUCUUUCUCAGGAUGGGAGGUCUCACCAAUCCCUCCUGAAUCAUGGCAAGACUGUGGGGAGUAAUAAGGAUGCCAGAACGCCAACCCAGGGACAUUGCAAAAGAGAGAGAAGGAAAGAGGUCAUAAGGCUCUUUGGCCGGGGCUGAACUGUUUCUACCACCCUGCCACUUCGAAUUUUUCUAUUUGCCAAAAUACAUAAAGGAAGGUAGGUUUCAACAACAAAUAGCAUUUCUGCUGGCCAGGUAGAGUCAUUCACAGCCUGUCAAGGACUGUGGAUGAAGUGCCAUGGGGAAACAAGCAGAGCAAGAGGAAUUGAGCAAGAUUCCUCUCUCUUGGAAAGAGUUUUGAAGAAUAAAAUGACAGAGAUCUUCCUCCUGCUUUCACCCCCUGCCCAGCUCUCACAGACAGGUUUGGGAUCUCUUGUGCUCUCAGAUGGCACUUGAAUGAGGAGACUCAGAGGAGGAGGAACACCAGGCUUUUGACAUCAGGCAUGAGCUCUGCUCUAUGGAGACCCCACAAGCUGGACCACAAAAGCUACAACUGUGACAUCAGUAUAGAAACGAGUAGGCUUUUUUCCAAAAGGAGAAAUUACACAGAGCUCUAUUCGCUGCAUGUCCCUCACUCCCAUUAACCCCUCUGCUGCCUUGCUUAUGCACAUCUCUGUGUACGUCCUACAAAAACUGCACAGACAGGUUUGAAAAUUCAGUCAGUGUCUUUUGGAGUUUCAGCCACCUCAGAGCUAUUGAGAGUUCUUUUUUUCUUUUUUUUUUCUUUUUUUUUUUCUUUUUUGGAGAGAGACUUCUCUCCAAAUCUGAGACUUCUGCCAGAAAACCUCAAGCAAGAUAGUUUCUCUCUUAAAUUGUCAGUCAUUGCUAGUUAGUAAUGCAGCCAUUUAUGCAACUAUAAGAGGAGUAGAUAUUUUGUGGGCUGAUAUCAUUGGUAAAAUGCAAACGUAAGAAAUAGCACUUUUAUUAGUAGCCGGUGGAGUAUAUUUUCAACCCAUAUAGUCAGAUUCCCCUUCAUCCAUAGGCAUCACACUGUGAAUGACAGCUGUUUUCCAUACUCUAUUCCUCCUGCUUAUAACAAAGGAGCCACCUUCUGUGAUCAUGGUUCAAAGAACAAUCCUCACCACAGGGAAGUAUUAAUGCCUGAGAUCUUUGGGGUCAGACCACUUUAUUUUUCUAGCUUCUAACAUGCUUUGUAGGAUCCAUGUCCCUGCAACUUGAGCCCAUAGGAUUCCACAUCAGACCAUCCUAACAGCUGCUGUCUGCACUAGCUCCAUUUUGAAUUUGUCCUUCUCUAUCUACAGUGAUGAGAAGUAGCCAGUACUCCAGAACAGGUCAACUCAGGACCUCGCAUAGGGCAUUAGUAUGUUCUGAUCUGUGCUGGAAUUGUCUUGCCUGAUGUAGUUUUGGCUAAUGUUGGCCUUUUCCCAGUCACAACAUACUGGUAGUUUGGAGUCAUCCCCUGACUGAUCUAGGCACCCACAUCUUUCUACUCUUCUGGCAUUUCUAACUCAGAUACUUCCUGCCGUUCCAGACAUUGGGUCAUCAGCACAUUUUACUAACAAACUUGUUAUUUUUGGGCUGGACUGACUAAUAAAAAUAUUCAAUGCUUUUGCUCUCAAGAGCAGUUCUAGAGAAUUACCUCCCUUCAACCCAAAGAUUUCCCCAUCAAUCAACCCCUUCUCACCCUCUUUUGGGACAUUUCCUUAUUCACUCCAUAAUCCCUGCACUAAAUUCCAUGUUGUACAGAUGAAUUAGUAAUUUCUCAUUAUCAAAUGCUUUUCCACAGUCCUGAAAGUGAAGAUCUAUUUCUUCACCCUCAAAGGGAACUCAGGUAUCCUCUCCUACUGGUGGGGCAUUUGCUACACUAUUGUGUUUUUAUCCCAUUUGUGCAUCUAUUUCAAUUAUUCUUUGCACCUGUUCUGGCUGCUGAUGGGGUCAGAUUUGUCAGCAAGUUGCUGCUAACCCCCCUUCCCUCUUCCUUCUUAACAUCGGUACACCAAUCUCUUUGCAGCAUGGUACCAUUCUCAGCUCCAGAGAAGUAUGACCAAACAUUUGCCCUUGCCCUGGGAUCACAAGGGCCAAGUCUUGCAUUUUGCGGUACUUUCCUGUGCUAAUUCAGCUAUUACUAUAACCCCUUAGUGAGGAUAUGCACAUGCACUACAGGGAGAAGAUCUCAGCCCAGGAGAGAGCAGCAGCUCUGGUUGCUGGCACAGCUAUCCUGGCACUGGGUGCUGCCUGGUACUGGUAAUGAACUGGUAAGUUCUGCACCAGUGAUGGCUCUGGAUGUGCAUUCCAGUAGCCCCACCUGCGUUUUGCAGGGCUUUGCAGACACAGAGGCUUCUAACAGCUCCAAAAACAAGCUCACUGCACACAGGGAGCUGGACCUAGCCCUCUCUCGCUCUCUCUCUGCUUCCAACAUUCCAGUCCCUGCACGGUCCGAUGGGUGAGGGCUGUGCAAAAUGGUUGGUUGUUCUGGGUUCAUUGGUUUUGUAGCCAUAAUUUCUCCAGUGAGAUUCUGAAGGGAACCAGUCUCUCUGGAUUUUUAGUUUGGAUGAUUAGUAAUUUUGUUUGGAUGUGUUUUCAUGUUCAGAUGUGGACCCAAACUGAGACUUUUACCCAAAAGGGACACAUGCCACAGCUUGGGCCCACCUCUAGUGCAAUAUCUUUUAUUUGUAGAUCAUAUUUUACUCUACAGCUGUUGCAUCAUUAUCAGCACAAUAUAUGCAUACUCCUACUGCCAGUCACUAUUUCAUAUGUGCCUAAGUGUAUCCCAGAAACUAAUGUGACACUCUGGUGUCUCUUUCCAUGUUUAAGAUGUGUCUCAGACUGAAGUGUGUGCAGGUUUUAAUCCUUUUCUCCUUGGUUUGCACAUGUUACUAUUUUUUUUUAAGUGAGAGUGUCAUGUUUAGUGUUCGUUUGCGUCGUGUUAUGAAAUCACAGUGGACUUUACUUAUAACUAAAUUGUCUCUGUUCACCUGCCGAGGGGGACUGUGGUAGAGUCCUGUGGGGAUGGGAGACAGAAGUGCAGCGCAGACGUGCAGCCAGAAGGAAGUUAGCCCAAAGAGGGAAAUGGCUCUUCCCCUUCUUCCCAGUCAGGGCUCACCAGCUCUCCAGGGUGGGGAGACACAGCACCAUAGAUACACGGUUCUGGGUGGUGGGUAAGGUUUUGGCGGUGGGGAAGUCCAGGGUCUGCCUAUAUAAAAUUGGGCAGAUCUGAAGAAGGGGAUUUCAUAGACAUCUCCUUUUGGGGGCUUUUUCUAAAAAUAGGAUGUCAGCUAAUGCAUUUAGGAGGCAACCCCCCCUGCUCCAACACACAGGCACUAGGGAAGGUCUCCAGCUGGGCUCAGUGUCUAGUUCGAAUCCCGGGAUCAGCAUGGCCAGUUUGCAGCGCAAAUUGCACGACCUCAUGCAUGCCCACGUGGACAGGAGAGCAGUGGGCUGCCAAGUCAGCUCCGGGGAGCACAGCCGCAGUCUGGGGUCUCUUGGACAUACCCAGAUGGAUCCAGAGGGCUUUGGCAAAGGCAGGGGAAUUGCUCCAGUUUAGCCUAGGUGGCACUUGGAGAGAUGGCUCUUCUUGCUGUACUGCGAGGAGGCAGGAAGACCAGCUAGAGCUGAGGGUGUCCUGGGAGGCCUGCAGUGUCCCACUUGUUCCUGUCCUUUCCUGCUUUAUGGAGCACAAGUUACAAGGGCCUGUGAAAUUUGCCCAAAGUGUGCUUGCUGCCCUCUCCCCUCCGCUGUGCUGACCAGCUGGGAUCAAGCUGUUACUCUGCAGGGAAACAGCACCUGCCUCCACACUAUCUGCCAGAAACCACGCUGGGGCAAGGAGGAAAACAGAGUUCAGACUGAGGUACCAAAGAGUUAACAUUCUCCUAGGUUUACAGAUGUAUUUGUAGGACUUGUACUAUGUCACAUCUAUAGCCAUGAGAUAUUAUUUUUAUGCUGUAAACUUUUACAAAUAUGUUUUUAAAGAAAAAGUUUAAAAUUAAAGGUGUUUCUUCUUUUUGCAAA